AUGCGGGGCGGUUUUCAGCACAUCAGAGUCCAUCUUGACAGGAGAUGUGCGCUGAGCCAGUGGCGCCGUCAUUCCACGACUUCUGAGAAUUGGCUGAAAGAGUGGCAUGUCUCCACCCGCUGCUUCCAUUUGGCGCAGGCCCUGCGGCACCGGGGACACCUGGCGGCGCGCCUGGAUCCGCUGCGGGGGAAGCAGUCGCGUCAGUUGUCGCCAAAGGAACCCAUCCAUUGGCGCAUCGGUGGGAGCCAUGGUCAAAAGAUCCCAAGCAUUGAUGUGAACCGGCUACUCCGGAACUAUCCAGACAGCGUCGACUUAAGCGUCUUUGCCCUCGAGAGCUAUGCUGAAGAUGACCCACUACCAGAAGGAGUGAAUGUCCCGGCUUUCUGGGGAGCGGCACCUGGAGGCCGGUGGACCUUUAGGAGUUUUAUCGACCACCUCUGUGGCGCUUAUGCCUCGACUCUCAGCUGUGAACAUCAACAUAUCGACAAUCCCAUUGAGAGGAUCUGGUUGGAAGAGCGUUUGGAAGCCCGUGUGGCUCAAGCAGACGUGGAUCAGGAAACACAACGUGAGGCCCUAAAUCGCUUGUUGAGGGCCAGCAUUUUGGAAAGUUUUCUGGGGGAAAAGUUCCCAGAGGCGAAGCGCUUCGGUCUCAAGGGCUGCGAGGCGCUGCUGCCAGCCUUGUGGGCGCUCACGGAGAAGGCCAAUGAGCUUGGCAUGGAACACCUUCAGCUGGGCAUGGCACACCGUGGCCGGCUCAACGUGUUGGUGAACUUCAUGGGAAAGCGUUUGAAGGACGUCUGUAGCGAGUUCGACGAGCAAAACGACUUGAUAGGCGACCUGAAGUAUCAUUUGGGAACUCGCGGCACUUGCCGCAACUUGCAUGUGCAGCUCACCUUGGCUCCCAACCCAUCACACCUGGAGGCCGUGGAUCCAGUGGUGCUGGGCAUGACCCGCGCCAAGCAGGACUACAUGGGCGACACUGACAUGCGCCGCGUCAUGGGUGUCUUGAUCCAUGGCGAUGCGGCGUUUUGCGGACAGGGCAUCCUUUCGGAAUGCCUGCAGCUCAGCGACCUGCCCGCCUACACCACGGGCGGCACGGUGCACUUCGUGAUCAACAACAUGGUGGGUUUUACCACGGACCCCCGCGCCGCGAGGUCAUCAUAUCACUGCACCAAUGUGGCCAAGGUGAACGACGCCCCAAUUCUGCAUGUGAAUGCGGAUGACGUGGACGCCGUGUUGUUCGUGUCGAAGUUGGCGGCGGAGUAUCGCCAGACCUUCCGCAAGGAUGUGGUGGUGGAUUUGGUGUGUUAUCGCCGUGAAGGACAUAGCGAGGCGGAAGAUCCAUCCUUGACGCAGCCGCUAUCACAGAGGCGGAUGAAGGAACAUCUGCCCGUCUCCCAACAGUACAGUGAGCUUCUGGUAGAGACAGGUGUUCUGACGCAAGAGCAGGUGGAGCGUUUGAGGCGACACAUUCAGCAGGAGUUUGAAGCGGAACGGGAGUCGCAGCUCGAAGGCUCGAGUUUCCAGAACCGGCCCCUGCGCAUCGAGCGCCCGGUGAAUCUCACGGGUUUGCCCUUGUCGUGGCUGAAGAUGAUUGGGGAGGCGGCCUGUCGUAUCCCGGAGAAUGUGAACGCGCACAAAAAGGUGCGUGAGACCUUAGAAAAGCGGAAGGCGCAACUGCAGCAAGGCCGCAUCGAUUGGCCGCUGGCCGAGACCCUGGCCAUCGGCUCGUUGAUCCUGCGCUUCAACCCCGAGCGCCACGAGGAAUUGAAGACAGGUCUACUGGUGGAUUCCGAGGGCAUCCCGGAGCUGCACUACCGCGUGCAUCCGCCCUGUCACGUGCGCCUCUCCGGGCAAGAUGUUGAGCGUGGCACCUUUAACCAACGGCACAGCAUCAUCCACGACCAGGAUUCAGCCAUACCUUAUAGCAUGCUGAGCGACUUGGGCUUGGGUGACCAGUCGGAGGCGGUGGUGUGCAACUCCUCACUUUCCGAGCUGGCCAUUCUUGGCUUUGAAUAUGGCUAUUCUGUGGAGGAAGGAGCUGGUUUGGCGCUGACCAUGUGGGAGGCACAAUUUGGUGACUUUGCGAAUUGUGCGCAGCCCAUCAUCGACAACUUCAUUGCCAGUGGCGAGCAGAAGUGGGGUAGCGAGAGCAAUCUGGUGAUGCUGCUCCCACACGGCCUGGAAGGGCAGGGCCCGGAGCACUCCUCGGCCCGCCCAGAGCGCUUUCUGCAACUGGUGGAUGAGGACCCUGAUAUGCUGUGGCCAGCGAGCGAAAAGGAAUUGGUUGAGGAGAAGAAGCACGAGGCCCGGCAGACGGUUCACGAUGUCUUGGAAGCCAUCCGUGCCAAGGAUCAAAGUGCUGUGGAGCGAAGCGUGCAUCGACUCGCGCUGCUACAGGAGAACUUCGAUGCCUGCAGAAAUCUCAUGGUGGUGUACAUCACGACGCCUGCGAACCUCUUCCAUGUCUUGCGGCGCCAAGUUCACCGAAGCUUUGCCAAGCCGUUGGUGGUGAUGACCGGGAAAAACAUCCUCUUGAAGCAUACGCCUUGUCGCUCGCCGCUGGAAGAUAUGAUGUCUGGAACCCGCUUCCAGCGACUCAUUCAGGAGGGUGGCACUGGUGACAACAUGAACACGGAGACAGCCGGCGAGACAGAUCCAAUGACUUGCAAGCGCAUGAUCUUCUGCAGCGGUCAGGUCUUCUACGAUUUGCGAAGCGCUCGCGAUCGGAGAGGAUUGAAAGGUGAGGUGGUUCUACAUCGCCUCGAACAGCUAGCUCCCUUCCCAGCCAUGAGCGUGGCACUGGUCUGCAGUCAGUAUCCGCAUGCAGAGCUGUGCUGGGUUCAGGAGGAGCCCAAGAACAUGGGUCCCUGGUCCUACGUUUGGCCACGCCUAGCCACAGCGUUGCGAGAGCUGACGCCGGAAGGCUUUGGCGUACCACAGGACCGCGCUUGGCGAUGCAUCGCACGGCCGGCGGCAGCCAGCCCAGCAACGCCCCUUUGGAAGAUGCAUAAGCAGGAGGCAGCAAGCGCAGCAAGGGGCGAUGUCUGGCAACGAGUCUCAGACAUUGGCAUCAUCGGCAGUGGGGUGAUGGGCUCGAAUUUGGGCCUCAACAUCGCGGACAAGAGUUACAAUGGAGAAAAGUUCCAUGUGUCGCUCUAUGACCUGAGUGCGCAACAGGUGCAGUCGGUCUUAGCCAUGAACUCCAGCUACAGCAACCUGCAUGGUUUUGGGGGCAAAGAAAAACUGAAGGAUUUCGUGACCUCAUUGAAGCGCCCGCGGAAAGCCAUCAUGCUGGUCCCCGCGGGCAAAGCCACCGACGCGGUGAUCGAAGAACUUGCUGAGCUCUUCGAGAAGGAUGACAUCAUCAUCGAUGUGGGCAAUGCCAACUUCCGGGACCAGAUUCGAAGAGCUGAGUCACUGGAAGCCCGAGGUCUGCGUUUCUUAGGGAUGGGCGUCAGCGGUGGUGCCGAGGGGGCACGUAAGGGCCCCGCCUUCUUCCCCGGCGGCACGCUGAGCGUCUGGAACGACGUGCGGCACAUCGUGGAGGCCGCUGCCGCGAAGGCGGCGGACGGACGGCCCUGUGCCACGAUGAAUGGCAAGGGCGGGGCCGGGUCCUGCGUGAAGAUGUAUCACAACGCCGGAGAGUACGCCGUGCUGCAGAUCUGGGGCGAAGUCCAUGAGGUCCUCAAGGCCUAUGGCGUCAGCGGCGAGGCCCAAGCCCAGCUGCUGGAGUCCUGGAAGACCAAGAAAGGUGGCCGCUAUGAUGGCCUGCUGGCCUCCUACAUGUUGGACAUCACCGUGGAGGUGGUGAAAAUGAAGGACAGCGAGGCGGCAGGCGGAAGCAGCGAUGGUUCCUUGUUGAUCUCCAGAACCAUGGACAAGACCGACUCCAAGGGCACCGGCCUCUGGAGCGUCGUGGAGGCCCUGGAGGCGGCCGUGCCGGCGCCGUCGCUGGUGGCAGCGGUGCUGGCCCGGCAGAUGUCGAUGCUGCGCAGCGAGCGGAUGGCGAAUGCCACCAUGGUGGCGCUGCCAAAGGUGCAGCAGGGUAGUUGGAGUAACGAGUUGGAGGAAGAUCUCUUCUGGGCCGCGGCCUUCGCCAUCAUCGCCUCCUAUGCGCAGAUGUUUCAAUGCCUGAGGAAAAUGGACGAGAAGUUCGAGUUCGGUUUGAAGCUCCCCGCGACCAUCGCAACCUUCCGCGCCGGAUGCAUUCUGCAGGGCUUCCUCUUGGAGCCCAUGACCAAGGCAUUUGAAGAGAAACCUGACCUGGAAAAUCUCCUCUCAGCCUUUGAACCGGAAAUCCGGGAAUUUCUACCGCGCUACAAGCGCUUGGUCAGUCAAAUCACGCGAGACACUUGUGCCACGGUGCCGUGCUUAUUCGCCUCGUUGGACUACAUCCAGACAAUGUACCUGACCGAGAUUCCCUCGGCCCAAUGUGUCUCGCUGCAACGGGACGUCUUCGGAAGGCACGGAUUCGAACGCCUGGACAAGGAGGGCCGCUUCAAUGCUCAGUGGCCCUCCCUACAGCAGGGCGAUGCGGUGAUCACCAGCGCCACCUCGGCACCCACGGGAAAGUGA